GGCCCAGCGCCGCCGCCGCUGGCUUCCCGCGCCGAAACGAAGCCACAGGACACCCGGCUUCUCAUGCCGUGAUCGAUGGCAGCACUCAACUCGCUCGUGCGUCGUCCCACGCCGCCCACCUCGCUCGCGGAUGGCUGCCGCUCGCCGGCCCCGUCGUCCCCCCAUCGCUUCAGCUGAGGAAACCGCGCGUUCCUUUUUAGUUCGUCGGCCUCCCGUCCCCCAUUAACCUCCUCUCCCCCCCCCUUCCUCGACCCCCGUUCUGUCCCUUUCUCUCCCUCCCGCAACAAAAACAUUCUUUCGACCCAUCGUUAAGCAGGUCACACUCCUUUUUUUUUCAACCCAAACACAUCGCGAGCAGGACUAUCUCGUGUGUUCACAUUCCUUGUUCAAAUCUUGUCGGCCGCUACGCCAAACAACACACACACGCCGCACAAACCUGUUGACCAGAGUCUUAUACCCGCAAACACGGCGACAACAACAACAAUCACAACGUUGGCAACAACAGUCUCUACAGCACGCACCAAGUCCGUCAACCUGACUUGACGACCGACAGAGAUAAGAAUCUUUUUCAGUCGCAUUAUACCCGACACGUUAGACAGACACCAUGAAGACCGCCGCCCUCGCCUCCGCUGCCUUCAUCGCGGCCGUCGCCGCCAAGCCUCACGGCCACGGCCUCCAGCACAAGCACGUCGCCCGCAACGUCGUCACCGUGACUGACUGGGUGGUUGAGACCACGACCGUGUAUGAGUACAUUGACGCCACCACUACUGUCCUCAGCGACCCCGGCCACGAGUCCCAGCCUACCACUACGAGCGUCAAGCCCAACUUCUACGAGCCGCCUUCCCCGUCUGUUCCCGCCCCGGCGCCUUCGUCGUCGUCGGCCGCUCCCCCGCCUCCGCCUCCGCCUCCGCCUCCGGCCCCGACCACGCCCACCACCACUUCGGUCUACACGCCGCCGCCUCCUCCUCCUCCUCCGUCCACCCCCAAGGCUGUGCAGACCACCACUUCGGUGGCCGCGCCGCCCCCGCCGCCCCCUGCUCAGCCUAGCAGCCAGGCACCUCCGCCUGCUCCUGCGCCUGCUCCGUCGUCGUCGCCCGAUAACGGCGGUGGUGGCGGCUCGGGAAGCUACUCUGGCGACAUCACGUAUUAUGCCGUCGGCCUGGGAUCCUGUGGCUUCAAUGACGCUGGCUUGGAUAUGGUCGACAACAUUGUAGCCGUCUCGGAUAAGCUCUACGAUGAUCUUGGCAAUGGGAUUUGCGGCAAAAAGCUGUCCAUCACGGCGAACGGCAAGACGAUCAUUGGUACUGUUCGAGACAAGUGCCCAUCUUGCGCCAAGGGUAGCCUCGACGUCAGCGAGGGGGCCUUUGUCAAACUCUUCGGCAGCACCGGGGUCGGCCGCAGCAAGGUUACCUGGUCCUUUGCCUAG